UGCACCCCAUUACAUGGCCGGCCACCACCUUCUCAAACCACUAGAGAAGGGUGGAGAAUAGUGGGAGAAAAAGGAGAAGAGGAUGACCACUUUGCCAGCUGUAUCCAAAUUAAGGAAAAAGUGGAAACUUGAAACAGCAGUUUGUUCUUUUGGGUGGAAGUGGCAUUUAGCUCCCUUUUUUCUUAAUAUAACUAGUACAAAUGAUAGUGGGAGCUUGUUUUGGAGUGGAUGCAAUUUUGCCUUGAAAUUCCUUGAUAUUGUGCUCCGGACUUGCCAAUUGCAGGUGACAUUGGGAACUACUAUUAUGGACAGGGACACCCAAUGAAACCACAUCGAAUCCGUAUGACCCAUAACCUGUUGCUGAAUUAUGGUUUGUACAGAAAGAUGGAAAUCUAUCGGCCACACAAGGCCACAACUGAGGAGAUGACAAAAUACCACAGUGAUGACUACAUCAAGUUCCUGCGGUCAAUACGACCAGAUAACAUGUCAGAGUUCAGCAAACAGAUGCAGAGAUUUAAUGUUGGAGAAGAUUGUCCUGUAUUUGACGGAAUGUUUGAAUUUUGUCAAUUAUCAACAGGAGGCUCAGUGGCUGCAGCAGUAAAACUCAAUAGACAACAGACUGAUAUUGCAGUCAACUGGGCAGGAGGUCUUCAUCAUGCCAAGAAAUCUGAGGCCUCAGGUUUUUGUUACGUCAAUGACAUUGUUCUCGCCAUUCUUGAAUUACUGAAAUAUCAUCAGAGAGUUUUGUAUAUUGAUAUUGACAUUCACCAUGGAGAUGGUGUGGAAGAAGCUUUUUAUACGACAGACCGUGUGAUGACUGUUUCAUUCCAUAAAUAUGGUGAAUAUUUCCCCGGCACAGGUGAUCUUCGAGACAUAGGUGCAGGUAAAGGAAAAUAUUAUGCUGUUAACUUUCCACUGCGAGAUGGAAUUGAUGAUGAGUCUUAUGAACAGAUAUUCAAACCAAUUUUGACAAAGGUAAUGGAAAUGUACCAACCCAGUGCAGUUGUACUACAGUGUGGAGCUGAUUCUUUAUCAGGGGAUAGGCUUGGAUGUUUCAAUCUCACGUUAAAAGGUCACGCUAAAUGUGUGGAAUUUAUGAAGACCUUCAACCUGCCUUUACUGAUGCUAGGAGGCGGAGGGUACACAAUCCGCAACGUUGCUCGCUGCUGGACAUAUGAGACUGCUGUAGCCUUAGAUAUAGAGAUUCCAAAUGAGUUACCAUACAAUGACUACUUUGAAUAUUUCGGACCAGACUUUAAAUUGCACAUCAGUCCUUCCAAUAUGACGAAUCAGAACACACUGGAAUACAUGGAAAAGAUUAAAAUCCGUUUAUUUGAAAAUCUACGUAUGCUACCUCAUGCACCUGGUGUCCAGAUGCAGCCUAUUCCAGAGGAUGCUAUUCAAGAAAACAGUGGAGCAGAGGAUGAUGAUGAUCCUAACAAACGAAUUUCAAUUCGAGCUUCUGAUAAAAGAAUAGCCUGUGACGAAGAAUUUUCAGAUUCUGAAGAUGAAGGCGAAGGAGGUAGACGAAACAUUGUAAAUCAUAAGAAAAGUAGCAAGCGAGCACGAAUAGAAGAAAAAAAGGAACUGGUAGAAAGAAAACAUGAUGCUGACGAGGAAGACACAGUUAAAGAUAUUGCAGAGAAAACUGAUGUAAAAGGGAUAAAAUCUGAACAACCCAGCAACUCAUGAACAUUUGAAGUUCUUUUGUGUUGCAAAUGAAGAUCUCAUCUCAAAGAAAUAAUUUUGAGAGACUGCAGACUUGUACGAUUUCAAUGUGCUGCAUAUUUAUUUCAGAACUGGGCAUCUGUUUGGCAGUUUCUUUGUGAUAUUCUAGGCAGCAGAUUUACAAAUGGUCCUAAUUAUGAAGCCAAGAGAAAGAAAGGUUAUGUUUUGACAAACACCCUACCAUGUUGCAAAUAAUAGCAUUUUAAAGUAAUUUUUUUUAUUGAAACUAUUUGCCUUAAAUAUGGCAUUGGUUAUCCUGUUGAAAACUGUGUUUACUCUUUUACAAAUAUUUGUAAUUGAACAGUGUUAUAUGACCAAUACUGCAGAAGUGUCAGUCAUAUUGAAAUAAACUUUCAUCUGCACUGUAUGAUAAACAUUAACAGUAGUACAUUAAUGGUUUCUAGAUUUUUUGUAACUUUAUUGAAAUCUUGACUUGAAGGUGCCGGUGUUGGACUGGGGUGGGUGGGCACAGUUAAAAAUCACACAAUACCAGGUUAUAUUCAAAAGGUUUAUUUGGAAGCACUAGCUUUUGGAGUGCUCCUUCUUCCUCAGUUGGUUGUGGAGAAUAAGAUAAAAAGACAUGGAAUUCAAAUCUAAUGACUAAGCUACUUUCAGCAACAAUAUCAAAGAACAUUUGUUUCGUUUUGAUAGGAUAUUUUGGAUUUUGGCUGAGGAUCUCGUAUGAUAGUUUAACAGCGGUUCAUGCAAUCAGACAGGGACAGUAAUCUGAUCACAAGAAAAUUAGUUACUCCUGUGCUUUGGUGUCAACCCAUUUUAUUGCACUACAAUGGAAGGAAGGAAAUGGGUUAUAAAAACACUUUACACUAUUUAGAUGUUUCUCCUUCACAAAUUAGAAUAUUUUGUCCAAUUGAAUCAUCACUUCCUGAGAAAUGCCUGGAUGUAAAACCUAAGUGGUUUAUGUGCCGUUUUCAGGAAUUUGUUGUUUUACUUUGGAUUGACAUGGAAUAUUCAUCAUCAUUGUACCUUUUUUUUGUUGUGAAGCAAUUUCAGUGUCAGUUAGUGUGGAGUUUUACUGUACUCUUUUAGAAAGGUGUUGGGCUGGAUUUUGCUGCAUGAUAGCAUCUUGCAUUAUAAUUCAUCUUUCAAAUCAUUGAGUGAUGUGAAGUUGCUGUACCUGCUUUAUAGAUACCAUAGAAUAUAGAGCAGAAGAAGGCCAUUCAUCCCAUCAAAUCUGUUUCACCAUUCAAUGAGAUCAUGACUGAUCUGAUCAUCUUCAGCCCCACUUUCCUGUCUUUUCCCCAUAAUUUAUUAUUCUCUUGCUCAUUGAAAAUCUGUCUGCCCCAGCUUUGAAUAUACUUAAUGACCCAGCCUCAGCAACCCUCUGGUGAAGAAAUCCACUGAUUCACAAUCCUCUGAGAGAAGAAAUUUCCCCUCAUCUUGUAAACGUGGAACCCCUUGUUCUGAAAUGAUGCCCUCUGAUCCUAAAUUCUCCUCCAAGGAAAACAGCCUUUCUGCAGCUGCCCUGUUAAAUCCCUUAGGAAUCUUGUAUGCUUAAAUAAGGUCAUUAACUAAAUUUAUCAGGAAGUGUUGGGGCAUAUCCACUCCAGUUGCAGCACCUCAUUAGGAAUGUCAGACUUCGAAGCAGAAGUAGACAGUUUGCCCCAUUAGUAUGCUCUGCCAAUCAAGGAAAUCAUGGCUGAUCUACUUGUGGUUGCAAUUGCACCUUUCUGCCUGCACCCAAUACGUCUUGACUCCCUUUUCUGUAAAAAUCAAAAAUCUAACUCAGCCUUGACUAAAUUUAAUGACCCAGCCUGAACUGCUCUCAGGAAGAGAAUUCCACUUACUUAUGACCCUUUGAGAAAAAGAAAAACUCCUCAUCUCUGUCUUAAAAAGGAGAUUUCUCGUUCUUUAACUGUGCCCCUUCAUUUUAGUCAAUCCUCCUGGUAUUCACCCUGUCAAGUUCCAUCAGGAGCUUGUGUUUCAUUCAGGUCUACUCUCAUUCUUUUAUAUGCGGUGGGUAUAGACCUAACAUGUUCAAUCUGUUUUCAGUAAAAAAAAAUGACUUUAAUCUUGGGAAUAUGUUGAAUAACCUUCUCUGAACUGCUUUGAAUGCAGUUGUCAUCUUUCAAAUAUGGCCGCCUUGCAUCAGGGUCUCCUGAAGUCAGGGUUGGGACCCCAUGUAGCUGUGAUGUUUGGAGUCACAAACCCCAAGGCAGCAAAAUGGCUGUCAUGGGACUCUGGCAGACUUAUGGCAACUAUCCUCUUCCUCUGAUAGGGAUUCACUCUCUUCACCUUUCUCUGGCUUCAUAUCCCCUCCCUGAGACCCUACUUGCUCCUUACUCCCACCUUCUUGCCCUUGAAUGUCUUGCUGGGACAUCUAGCCUUCAAUGGUGGGGAAACAUUUAGGAAGCACUGCAAUACUAAUGUAUGAUUUCACUAAGACCCUGUGCCGAUGCACUUCAACAUUCCUACUUUAAUAGCAUGGUAAGUCUUAAUUAUUGCCAAAUAAGCACUCAGACAGCCAAGGUUAACUUUUAUAAGCUCAGAGUCUUAUUUAUUCAGCUUGAGGAAAUAUAAAAAUAAUUCAAGAUCUUAUUGCUUCUUUCUGUAACACGUCUCUUUCUUAUUUCAAUCUUUCUUUUUAUUUGAUUUUCUGCACCAGAAUUUGAUUUGACAUUUAAUUCACUGUUUUAAUAGACACACUCUGUUUCAUAUUCCUGGAUCAUUGAUUUCUCAGUUGGGUUUAUUAGAGACACAACUGUUUACCUUGUUCACACAGAGACCAUACAUUCUGUACUCUUUGGAUGGUUGGCUGUCGGCAAUGACAGGCCAUGGAAAAGCCCAUGAAAAGUCUGUGGGAGCGUGCAAGCCUGACAGGUGGUGCCACCAUUAACUUAUUGCUCAGAACAAAAUCUGCCCAUUGUGUUUAAGUGAGCAAAAGCACUUAUUCUUGGUGGAGCACCUUCAUAGGAAUAAUCUCAUUAUUUGAAAAUGAUUGCAGACGUGCAUUCUUUUAUCUUAUACUGUGGUGUCUCCAGCCCAAAUGCUUGGGACCUAGUCACUUUUAUUUUGGAAUUUAUUAGAUUAUAGAAUGAUGUUACAAUGCCUAGCCGCAAUUGAGAAAACUGGAGAAAAUGUACUGUAGAUAUAAAUAUUUACACAAUGUAUGCGUGAUAAUACAUUAUAAUGCAGCAGUAAUAAUUGUUUUAUUUUUCCAAGUUCUGUAACUUUCAUUUUUUUUUCAUUCCCACAGUAUAUUUAAAGAAUGUUAGGGUCUGCUAAAAGAAGUCCUUGAUGAAUGGUUGUAUCUGAGGAAUACGUUUGCAAAUAUAGAAUGCAUUGUUUUUUUGGGUAUGUUGAAAAUAAGUCCUAUGUUUUUAAACAGAAUGUAACUUAACCUUGAAAAUGUUGCCUGUUGUAAAUCCAGCCAUUAACAAUAGAAAUGUUUAUUCCUGUGAGCUAUUAUUGUUUAAAAUUUAAACUUUACAUUUCUUCUAAACUUUCUUUCCCAACAAUUCUGUUGGAGAUUUCACUUGAUAGUUGAGGUAAAGGGCACUGGUUUAAAUAAAAAAAAUGUGUUUCUUUAAUGGAACACUAUCUGAAAUAGAUAUUCCAAAAUGAUGUGAAAUACUUCAACAUGAAGUGAAGGUUGGGACAUGUUGUCAGGGCAAAAUGCACUUCUCUGAUGCCUGGCCUGAUGGAGUACUCCACUAACAAUAUUCUGUCAAGUUACAUCAAGUGCUGAUGAAACUGCCACUAGCUAAGGUUCAAGAAUGAAUUUUCCAAAUAGGAAUUUAGUGAUAAAAAGUGUACUUUAACAAUAUUCCUAAGUGAUUCAGAAUUCUAAGUAUCAGCUCUCCUGUUACUAAAAAUGAUUGGGGAAAAUGAAAUUCAUUCAGCAUUCCACUUGUGUUGCAUGUGCCAAAACUGCAAAGAUCUAUAGUCCCUUGAGGAUAUGGAAUGUGAUUACUAGAGAACAGGGAGUGCAAGCCGUGUUGGGUCAUUAAUAUUGUAGUGACUAGACUGAAUGCCUUCAGUACAUUCUCAUUACAUUUACAUUAUACAUUAAAAAUACCUUACUGUACACAGACAUAAGAAAUAAAACUUACUUUUUCUCUUGCUCGUUCCAAUUAAAGUGAUUGAUUUCUGAUCCAUGUCUUUCAAAUGACUUUUUCUUUAGUGAAAAGGUGAUUUGGUUUUGUGUUUGGCAAUAUUUGCACUGUUCAAAAUUGUAAGUGCACCUGUAAUUUGAGAUCUACAACAAAAAAAGCUUUUAAACCAAUCUUUUG